UCUGCUCCGCUUCUCCCUGCAGCCCCUGCAGCCGCUGCCCGCAGCCAGCUGCCGCUCAUGGAGCUCCUCGCCCUGCGCUGGGUGCUGCUCAGCACCUUGCUCAGCACGUCGGCCUCCAGCAGCGCCCUGCGCGAAGGAGACCCCAAGGACCCCGAGGAGAUAGAGAUGGACAUGGCCCCUGACUCCUUUGAUGACCAAUACGAAGGCUGCGAGGUCAAAAUGUGGGCUAAGUUGCAGAAGGUGAACCUUUCAGAGUUCGACACGAACGACAACUAUGCCAACACCUGGAAGAGGGCAUCUGCAGAAUGGCAGGAGCGCUGCGGCUGUCCCACUCAAUGCCCAAAGCUGAGACAGGAGCUGGCCAUCGCCGUGCUGGCGUACACUGCUCGAGGUGGGAUGUAUAGGAAGUUCAACGCAGCCACACGUCAGGGCGGACAGAACCACCAGCACUACCUCAACUCGUAUGACUUCAAGACGCUGCACUUCGUCCUGACCCUGGCGCUGCAGGAUCUGUGGAAAUCCGAUCCCAAUGAAUGUUACAAAGUCUUUCGUGGUGUCAAGGGCAUCCGUUUCACUACCGAAGAAGGCCAAACUGUGCGCUUCGGCCAGUUCACCUCUGCCUCCCUAAAGAAGGAAGUUGCGGAGAAGUUUGGCAAGGAUACCGUCUUUGUGAUCAAUACCUGCUAUGGUGCCCCCAUCAAGCAGUUCUCCUUCUUCAAGUAUCAGGAUGAAAUCCUCAUCCCACCUUUUGAAGUCUUUGAGGUCAUCAAGAUCUCCAAUGCCAAUGGCAGCAACCAAAUCGAACUCCUCUCUAAAGAGAAGAAGAGCAACCACAACUGUGAGCUUCUGAAGUGUCAGGGCAGGCAGUGGGGUCGGGGCCACCAGGAGGUGGGGUUGGGGCUCAGCCCUGGGCUGGCUCUGCACUCCCUGGGCUGCUCCAACUGCAGCUGGGGGGGAUCGGGGCACAGAGAGCGUGACCCCAUCCCAGCAGCUCUGUAAGGGGAUGGGGAGUGCGGAGGUGAAGGGAACAUCUCUGUUUGUGGGGGGUGGGGACAU